AUGUUUUCUAAGAAUUUUUGGAAAAGAAUUAUUUAAUUAAGUCUUUAAAGUUAAAGAAAAGAAUGGAUCCCAUAUUGGGUCGUCCUCAGUUUUUAAGCGAAACUGCCAAUUUAUUUACUGAUGAGAAAACUGCAAAUGCUCGAGCUAGAGUAGUGGAAUGGCUUAAUGAAUUGGCCACAACGGCCGAGUCUCAAGCAAAAUGUGAAUUAUUGGUUAAAGUACAAGAAACUAUAAUGGGUUCUUGUACUGAAUUGCUGGAAGAGUUUUUAGAGCAUAUUCUUUCACUAGCACACGACGCCAAUAUGGAUGUGCGGAAACAGGUGGUCAGUUUCAUGGAAAAAAUAUGUAAGUCAAAAGUGGAGUACUUGCCGCAAAUUGUAAAUGUAAUCUCAAUGCUGUUGCGUGAUCGUUCACCACAAGUUAUUAAGCGAGUUAUACAAGCUUGUGGUAGCAUUUAUAAAAAUGGGUUGCAGUGGAUUUGUAGCCAACAGGAAUUAACUGACAGUGCUGAUCAAGCUUGGAACGUCUUGAGUUUAAUUAAAGCUCAAAUUCUCGAUCUCAUCGAUAAUGAUAAUGAUGGUAUACGUACAAAUGCGAUUAAGUUUUUGGAGGGUGUUGUUGUUCUUCAAAGUUAUCCUGAUGAGGAUACUCAGAAAAAGGAUAAUGAUUUCUCUUUGGAUAACGUUUCUGAAAACAUUAGAAUAUUGAAACGGAAGAAGUUAGAAGAAGAAGCCUUUAAUAUAUUCGAUAUUUUGCUGAAGUUCCAUGCCGCUACACAUAUAUCUUCCGUAAAUUUAAUUGCUUGCACCGGCAGUUUGUGUACCAUAGCUAAGCUAAGACCGAGUUUUAUGGGUUUGGUGAUAGAAGCUUUUAAAUAUUUGAAUUCAAAUUUGCCCCCUACUUUAACGGAUUCGCAAGUUAGCUCAGUAAGAAAGAGUUUGAAAAUGCAGUUAACUGCUUUAUUAAAAAAUAAGGGAUCUUAUGAAUAUCAGGCCACAGUCAAACAAUUACUACAUGAUUUGGGUUCUUCGCAAAGUGAAAUACAACGAUCCAUACCUAAAAUGGAUAAACAAGAACAGUUGAGAAGACAAAAGCGCAUUUUGGAUAAUGCCACCAAUAGUUUAAGUAAAAAAAUGCGCUUAUGUGCUUACAUAGAAAGCAAGGAAGACGGGAAUUCUGUGUCUAAAGAUGUAGAAAUGGAAAUAGAUGAAGACGAGUUAAACAAACAAAAGGAAAAAUCUACCAAAGUCAAUGAAAAAUUUAUAGCUGAACAUUUGCGUUCAGUUUCGGUUGUAGUCAAUUUGAUUAUGGAACAUUUGCCUAAAUUACCAAGCAGCGCGCCUGAACACUUUCUUAGAGGGUACAGUCCCGUUAGAGACCUCUCGACAAAUCAACAAAUAGCUAAAAUAUCUCAUGGCUUGGGAGAACAAAUGACUGCCUUGAGGUUAGGGCCGGGAGCAGCCGUUUUAACAAAGGAACCUCCUAUGAAACCGGUGGAGAAAAACACCGCCUCAGUUGAACUCAUGGAAGUAGAUGAAAUGGUUGUUAGGGAAUCUACUUGUACAGGAAUAACAGAUGAAGAACAAAUACGCAAAGAAGAGGCGACCAAGAAAUUACGCGAAAACAUGGAACGGUUAAAAGGAGAACAAGAAUUAAUCGAACGUAUGAAACAAAAAGCCAAAGCUUUGAAAUUGCAAGAGGUGACCAAACCCUUUCCAAGGCAAACGAAAGAGAAGUUUCUUAUGGAUGCAGUUAAACGUGUGCUGCGUUCAGAGCGCCAAUCUAUAGCUGGCGGUGUUUCCGCUAAGCGACGUCGUAUAUUGACUGUUAUGGCCGCCACUUUUCCAGACAAUGUUCGUUAUUAUAUUUUCGAUUUUAUAAUGAUGGAUAUUAAACAACGCAUAGAUUUGGGUUUUUCAUGGCUUUAUGAAGAAUACUGCCUUUUGCAGGGCUUCACACGGCAUUCUUAUGUCAAAUCUGAGAAUAGGCCCGAUUACGCUUAUAAUGAAUUUCUCACUCAAAUGGUUAAAGGCGUUAUAGAGAAAUGUGAAUUUCGUGAUAAAAUUCUCUUGCUAAGAAGGAUUUUUUUAGAGGCGCCCCUUUUACCAGAUGAAGCUAUGAAACCUUUAUUGGACCUUGUACUCAUGGAGGAAUACACUAAUCAUAGCUUAGAUUUAAUUAAAGACAUGACUAUCUUAAGACCACCUCGUAAAAAUAAAUUAUUACGCUUGUUGUUGUGUUUUUGUGUUUAUGAGCGUAUUGAUAUCCGUGAGAAAGCAGUGGAGCAUAUUGUGGCUUUGUAUCAUGAACACAGAAUAAUGCCUUUGCGAACAGACGAGUUUGCACUGGAAUGGGCAGGCUAUUUAGAAAAAGAAGUCCCUCCUGUUAUCAUUUUUAGGAGUGAUUACGGUCGUUCGGAAGUGGAAACUGCUUGGCGCGAGGAGAUAGCCAAGUUGUGUCUGUCACUCUUACUGGUAUUAAUGCCCUUUAAUACGGAAGUCUACUUAGACAAAUUAAUUGAAGUUUAUGCCAAAACCUCUGCUGAUCUAAAACGCACCAUUUUAAGAUGUAUAGACGCACCGAUUAAAAAGAUGGGUCCUGAUAAUAGUGUUGUGCUAAGAGUUAUCGAAGACUGCCCAAAAGGCUGUGAAACUCUUAUCAUACGAAUCAUUUAUAUUCUAACUGAAAAGGUGUCCACACCCCAUCUCGAAUUAGUGCAGCGUGUACGUGACUUAUACGCAAAUAAAAUCAAAGAUGUGCGUAUACUUAUUCCGGUUUUAAAUGGUCUGACACGUCAGGAAAUUUUAAACGCACUGCCGAAGCUAAUAAAAUUGAAUCAGGUGGUGGUGAGAGAAGUGUUUAACCGCUUGUUGGGAAUAGGACCGGAGUUCGCCAACCAAGUCAUCGCCGCUACGCCAACUGAUAUUUUGGUAACUCUGCAUAAUAUCGACAUAAGCGAUUGUGAUUUAAAGUGUAUCGUAAAAGCCACCUCUCUCUGUCUUUCAGAGAAAGAUGUGUACACAUAUGAUGUACUAAUUGGCGUUCUACAACAAUUAGUUGAAUUUUCACCAACUCCUACAUUGCUUAUGCGUACCGUGAUACAAAGUUUGUCUUUGUAUCCACGCCUUGGAAAUUUCGUUUUAAAUUUGCUACAACGGUUAAUUCUUAAACAAGUAUGGCGUCAAAAAGUAAUAUGGGAGGGAUUCCUAAAGUGCCUACAACGUUUGAAAACUACAGCACUGCCGAUUAUGCUGCAGUUACCGCCACAGCAAUUAGCCAAUGCUUUAGAUCAGUGUCCCGAGCUUCGACAACCUUUGCUGGAGUAUGCGCAAAGUAUAGAAGAUGAGCCCAUGUCUGGAAUAACGCCACAGAUUAAAGACAUAAUUUCGGGCAAAUCUACGGAUGUUUUUAUAACGGACGAUUCUGGUGGUUUUAUUUCGAUUGACAAUAUCAAAAAGGAAAUUGAAGAUCCUCAGGAGAUAUCAACAAUAUCUACAGUAACGACUGUCCCCGUCUUGAGCUCUGCAGCUAUCAUUGCACCAGAUGUGAAUCAACCUUUACCACCCGGAGAGGACUAAAGUUAUAUUCAAAACCAUAUUGCUAGAUUGUUAAUACGUGACAAAAGUUUUUGCGAUUAUUAAAACACUAUUACUAAU